AUGGGCUACUCUCACUACUACGACGUCAAAGAUUGGAAUAGCCCACAAUGGCGCAAAGUAUGGCCGCGAUUCAUCGAAGAUUCUUUGUUGAUCAUGGAAGCAUCAGACGUUCGUCUCAUUGAGACUGAGCCUUGUCUUGAUUACGAUUUGGAAGCUACUUCGCCACCCGUUUGCACCGUGGAGAGGGGCAUCAAUUUCAAUGGGUUAGGCGAAGCGGGCCAUGAGCCAUUCUUUCUUUGCGAGCAGGAGCCAGGUCUGGUAAAUACGAAUCGGAAACCGUACGACCUGACUAUCUCCUGCAUCCUACUCCGAGCCUUUGCUCUUUGCCCCAAAAAUAUCAAAAUUUCGUCCAACGGCUCUUGGAACGAGUAUACCUGGGAAAAUGCCCUUCUGUCAUAUGUUUGGGGCAGCGUGGAUCAGGUCAAGCUCACGUCUGCGAAUAUUCGUGAGCUGUCUCGACCGCAAGGGUUGGAGUCGGUAUGGAGCCAAAUCCCAACGACAGUCCGAGAUGCCAUGAUGGUAUACUCUGCCCGUGAUAGGAAGAUUCAGAUCUUACGCAUGCGGUCCAUCUAUUCGGCAGCAACAUUUACUAUUGUUGCAGUAUCUGCCAAAGAUGCCCAUGAGGGCUUGUUGACAAAACGAGCGGGCGCAGUUUUGCCAGGCUGCCGCUCUGUCGAAGACUUCGAGGCUCUCUUAGCAGCGUCGGCUUGGAGUAGGAGAGGCUGGUGCUAUCAAGAGCAAGUGUUGUCUCAUCGAGCUAUCUUGUUCACCGCCAAUGGAAUUUUUUUCCAAUGUCAAGAAGCGUUGUACGACUUGGAAGGCGUACAGCUACCGAAGCCAGAGUUCCCAUCAACAUCACUCAGCCCAUCACAGAGAGUGGGAGGUCUUUUGAACAUUCCGUACGGGGAAAGUCUGGAAUACUUUCUCUCUGCCGUGGAACUCUACUCAAAGCGGAACUUCACCUACGCAAACGAUAAGAUUUCAGCUUUUCAGGGAGUAUUUCACCGGCAUGAAGGCCUGAUGGACGGCAAAAGCUCUAUGUUCCACUUUGGUUUACCAACAUGUGCUUUCGAUCAAACUUUCUGCUGGGAAACGCCUAAACAUAACCCCCAUCUUCGGAACCCAAACUUUCCUAGUUGGUCCUGGCUUGGCUGGGAUGAUGGAGUUAUCUUUGAUAGGAGCCUCAUUCGCACAACUCGUACGAGCCAGAUUCUUGGAGCAGAUCUCCCUCCAGGCUUCUUCACUCCGCGAAAUACGCAUCCUUCGUACAAGCUUCGCAAGCCAAUGAUAGAGCCUCGUGCUCACAACGAGACCUUUGGCUUUCCCACCAGUGUCAAUCGGGGACUCAUUAUUGGUCACACCUUGCCCGAUAUACCGGUGUGCACGAGUUCAGCACAUCUCUUGAUUUCAGCGUGUGCAGAACGAACGAGACAUAGCAAUAGUCUAUAUGCUGUCUUCCCAACUCUUUGCAGGCAAAGUACCGUCGUCCAGGUGUCUGAGCUUGUAUGUAUCCAGACGCAGCCACCAUCCGCUUCAGACUCUACCUUGAACCAAGAGAGCAGGCAAUACGAUAUACAUGAUCAUGACGACCAUGGAGAUUGUGUAGCAAAAACACCAUUAGGCUACAUAUGGUUGGACUCCAAUUGGCGAGAAUGUCAGGCGGAGGUUCAAGUCAUGAAGUUCAUUGCUCUCAGUGGCUACGAAGGCCUGUCUGUGAACGACUUCAAGUUAUGA